AUGUAUCCGUUAUUUCACCAGGUAGGCUGGACAUUUUUAAGAGGAUUGACUCAAGUUCUAGCAGAUGGACAGAAUAUUCAUGGCCGCUCAGCCAGUCCACGCUAUGUGACGUACGUAGGCCAAUACACAAAGGCUGCAGACGCGUCAUUCUUCAAAGCGAAACCGAAAACAGGUCUAGCUAAACGUACGUGGAGGUAUAGAUGCGUUUGGUUAUACACUCUCGCUGCUUGAAAUUCUGACAUGCCGGAGAAAAGCGAGAUUGAAUAAUGAUGGCUUCAUAACAGUGUGCAAGCUUUACCUAAGGUUUAGCCCAUAAUGGAUGUCUGCUCCAACACUGUGGAUGGGAGGUGUUGUGGACAGGCAUUGUCACCAUCCAGUAAGUUUUGUCUUAAGUGUGGAGAAGCAGUGGAUAGGACAACGAAAACAACCAAAAAGAUUGUAAAAUGCCCAAAUCUAGUUGAUGGAAGAUACUGUGGCUUUGAAGUGGACCAAACAUGCCAGUUCUGCUCAGAUUGUGGAUUCAAGCUGCCAAGAAGUCUUUUUGAAGAAAUAGUUCGUCGACGUUGUGGCAGUAUUUGUCCUGACGGCAAGACUUGUGACACAGAGUUGGCCAUUGGAGCAAAGUUCUGCCCUGGAUGCGGUAGCUUGGCAGAGGUAUCAGUGAAGCAGAUUACUGAAGCUGACCCAGCCCAAGAUGCUGUUAAUGUGAGCCAUGAAACAGGCGUCAAGAAUGGCGCCACUCAAAUACCCAGUGACACUGAUGAUACCUCUGUUCCCAGUGAAGAAGAUACUCCAAAGGGGGAUAUAGUUGCCAGUACCCAUGUGCUUAGUGAAAAAGUUGAUGCUACCCAGAAGGAGGGUAUAGUUGCCAGUACACAUGUACCUGGUGAAAAAGAUGUUACUACUCUAAAGGGUGACACUGAUAAAUGCACAUCAGUUACUGGUACUACACAUACAUCAGGUGACACAUCCCGUCAGUGUUUUGGACAGUCUGUCAGAAGAAAUACAAAUGGCGACAUGUUGGGAGAACACAGUAUGCCUCACAUCAGCACAGAUGGCACAAAACUGGAUGAUCAUCCAUUAAAAACAACUUUUGCCUCAUCAGUGACACUAACUCUGUCUCCAACACUGUCUUGCCAUCCAGGUGGGAGUAACAGACAGUCUGGCAAACCACAGGACAAACCAAGUGACAAAGAGACACAUACAGACAGUCACCAUGAUGGUGUGAACAGUUCUAAACUUUUGUCAGAUGAAACGGAGCGGGUUCAUGCCCAACUUCUUCGCUCCAAAAUGGAGAAUAAAGCUGAUCGUGAGCGCCCAGAUGAGCAGUUGAAAUCUGAGGGGAGUAAGGGAAGUGAAAAAAAGAACAGUCCAGAGGGAUCAGCAGAGGUGCAAGGGGUAUCUACAAAGGAUUCUGAGCCUGAAUCUGACAAAAGUGGGGGGGAAGAAAUGGAUGAUAGAGAUCAAGCUGCAGACAAAAAAAGUGAAAGGGACAGAGCAAAGAGGGAAGAAAGAAAGGUUAAAAAUGAGCAAAGAAAAAAAUUACUAAAGGAGCAAACUAGACAGAAAAAACAUAAGAAGCUGUUUGGCAGUGAUGGUGGAACUUCAGCCGUAGCAUCAGGUACAGAUGCCACAAGAAAAGAUGACCAGCCAGCAAAGAAGGCAAGAAAGGAGUUUGAUGCAGAUGAAAACAUCGCGGGUUUGCAAGCGAUAUCCAGAGGGUAAGAAUAAAGAUAAAAUAAUUAAGUCUAUUAAACUUCCACAUUCCCAAAAGUGAUAUGUCAAGGGCCGAGCAAUUAAAAUGACUUGAUACUUUUCCAUAAGAUUAAAAAAGAUUUUUAGGCACACUGAAAAUUAUGAUACAGGAAAGCAAGGCAAAAAUAUAUAGCUGGAACAAAUACAGAUUUUUAACUUGGGUACCCUUUUAUUAGCCUGAUUUGGGCAGCAUGACUCAGUUAUGAUUAACUGAGCACGAUAUUUGGUAGCUGGUGGUGAAAAUGGAAUACCUCUAAAAUAUUCGUACAGACACUUUAUUAUUAUAAGUGCAUGGAGCUAUAAAGAGAAGGAGCCACAACGUAUUGAGUGCAUAUAUACAGUCAUUUGAUGGACCUCUUAAUGCACACCUCUGUAAAAUGUUUAUUGGCUUCCUGGCGUCUUACAGGUAUGUAUGUCUCGCCAACCUGUAAAGCACUGUUGUUUUCAGAACUCUACCAGGGCAGCAUUGUUUGGUACCAUGUAGUAGGACAACUUAAUUAAAUGAAGAUGUUUCAGCAGGUUUUUGCCAGAUCUGUGAAGACAAAAUCAUUCAAAAAGAGCUCUGUAUCAUUAUGUUCUGCUAUCUGUAUUGCUUCAUUAUAUUAAUAUUACAAAAUUUAGCAGCCUAUAUUCUUUUUGAAAAUGAAGAAUAGAUGAGUGACUUCUGUCUUAAGUAAAGAGGUUAUAGGAUCACUAAUGAGGAGUACAGUUUUUGUUGUCAGAUAACACCUUGUGUGUACACUUGCCUGACAAACACCCCAUCAUGUAUACACAUAUUGUGAGAAAUAGGCCUAAUUAUACAAUACACUACUUAUGCAUGUAUGAUCAUUAUAGUACUAUAUAUGCAUAUUUUAAUUAUAGAGGUUUAUUUACUGUAACACAUAAGUCAAAGAAAGUAGAUUUUUUGUGAUGGCUUUUAAAGUAUAGCAAGUAGUGGUAUUGUGUUAUCAUAAAACCAAAAUUAUAGUCUUCUAAGAACUUAAUACACAGCCCUGGUCCUGCUCUGUCGGUGUUGUACAUAAUAUACCUUCUAAAGACCAAGAGUUACUUGUUGCUCCUUUACAGGUCCAUGAUAAGUCUAUAUAUUUAUUUAUUUGAUUGGUGUUUUAUGCCGUACUCAAAAAAAUUUCACUUAUACAACCUUCACACGUUUGACUGCCAGCAUGAACUGAA